AUUUACAAAACCAAAGCAUGUUUUCGGAUUCAUCGUUGUUCAGCCAAAAACACCUGAAAAUGACAAAAAGAAGCACACUAAUUACUAUGUUCAUCGGCUAUCACUAUAUUCUUCAGCCUAGUUCCAUCUGGUUCUCUAAGGCACACCCACGCCCCAGAACUCAUCUAGUAGAGUGGAAAAAAAGACACGCAUCCCAAGGCAAUUAUUCCUGGAAGGAGAACAACCAUCCUCCCACCAAUCAACUAAGCAAUGAAACAUUCUUUGAGCUUAGUAUGAAUUAUCCAAAUUCAACCUAUAGUUAAUGUCUGGACAUUUCUGAAUGUUGUCAUCCUAACUCCAUCUGCCUUGGCAGUUCAGGUCCGUAGGGUAUAGAUGUUAAGAAGCGAUUUUUGAGAGCUCUUCUUGUCUGUCCCAUCCGACUCAGUGAAGAAAGCGAUGUCAUCGGAGGCUCAAAGGGUGUUGGUGGUCGAAGACGCCUCGAGUGGGAUUAGCUUGGAUGCGAUCAAAUGCGGUUUACAGGGAUUUGCGCUUUACCCUGGAGACAAGAUUCUGCUCCUAGCAGUUCUCCGAAAAGUUUGCCACCCAUUGGGUUACCAGAUCAAAGUGGAUUCAAGCGUGUGGAUCGGAUCGAGCCGGAAAUUUGUUAAGAAAAUAGUGGAACGGAGGAAGGAAGAGUACGCUCAUGCCGACGAGGUUACAGAGGUUUCCAAGCAAUGCGAGUCUAUGAAGAUUGAGUUGGAUAUAGAUGUCUGUGGAGAAACGUCCCCAAAGGAAGUUGUCCAAAAAGCUGCUACAACUUUUAAGCCAUCGUGGGUUAUACUGGACGGGAAAAUGACAAAAGACACGGACUAUCUCAUUGCAAAACUCUCAUGUGGUGUUUCGAUAGUGAAACGAAACAACACCUUAGAAACGUUGAGACAGCCAAAUCCUCAAAAUCUUCAGAAAGAACACAGACCGAUUUCAAGUGCCUUGAUAGGAGGAGAUGAAUUUAAACAGCCAAAACCACAAAGUCCUCAGAAACAACAAAUACACAAAUCAAGUGAUUUUACAGGAGACGAUGAACAGGAACCAGAGAUCAGAAAUUACAUUUGUUCAAUCUGCAAUAACAGACGUCCAAAGAGCGGAUGGAAGAGAGAAUUCACUUAUGCAGAGCUUCAUGCUGCUACUGAUGGAUUUUCCGCUAAUAACUACCAAUCAGAAAAUGGGCUCGGAGUAGUCUUCAGGGGUGAGCUGAAUGGACUGAAGAUUACUGUUAAGCAGAAGAAAAAUGAGAGUUUUCAGGGAGAUGAUAAGGAAUUCCAAUCUGUAGUUCAUAUGCUCAGUGAAGUUAGACACGAACAUUUGGUCACCCUAUUAGGUUCCUGUUCAGACGGAAACCACAGGUUGCUUGUCUAUGAAGAUGUCUGCAACGGUUCGUUGGACCAACAUCUAUCAAGUAAAAACCACAGAGAUCCUGGUAUACUGCUCACAUGGGAUCAAAGGAUAAAAAUUGCCAUGGGAGCUGCCAAGGGCUUAAAGUAUCUGCAUGACAAGAACAUUGUCCACCGAAGUUUGAGACCCAACAACAUCCUCUUAACUCAUGAUUACGAACCUCUGCUCGGAGAUUUUGGCCUUGAAAUGACUCUACAUGAAGACUCUGAUCUCUCAUCUGAGACAAGAAUUGCAACUAUACCAUACUUGGCUCCCGAAUAUGCAGAUUUUGGUGAACUGUCUCAAAAGACCGACUGUUAUUCCUUUGGUGUCAUACUGUUACAGCUGAUAACAGGAUUGAGGAGCACAGAUCCAUCAUUUGGAAAGCAUAACAUUGUAGGAUGGGUAAGGUCAUUGGUAAGAGACAAAAACUACCCAGAAUUAAUUGAACACAGCCUGACCGACUCUUACGAUGUCAACCAACUCACUUGGGUGAUUCAAAUGGCGUUUAAGUGCCUGAGAAAGGACCCCAACAGGAGAAUAUCUGUGGACCAGGUAAUUCAUGCAUUAAGUUACAUAGUAGAAGGAAAAACUCUCCCGGUUGUUAGGGACCGACCACGACCGGAGUCAAUUGGUGGCACCGACGACUCCUCUGCUGGUUCACAGUGCAACUAUGAAAGCUCCACACAACGAACAUCAUCCCCAGGCGUUAGGGACCGACCACGACCGGAAUCAAUUGGUGGCACCGACGACUCCUCUGCUGGUUCACUGUGGAACUAUGAAAGCUCCAUGCAACGACCAUCAUCCCCAGGUGGAAUGGAUGAUCUGACGACAGGAUUGGUACCAUCAAUUACUGCAAAAGAAUACUACAUGACAACAAUUGCCAUUCAAUUGUAGCUUAGUGAUUCUCAGUCGUCGCGAUACUCACAAUAAGAGUACAUCCUUCCCAGAAAUUGUUUUUAUGAUACUUUGCUUUAUUAUUGCUUCCCAAUGAUCAGCUCCAAUGACAUUUCCCA